AUGUCGCAGCAAAAUAGCCCGCGGGAUUCCAUCUCGGACUCCUCGGGGAGCUCCCCGAAUGCAGUUUAUAUGCUGCGCAGCGAUAAGGAGACGUCCGACCUUAUUCUCUUUGGACAAUUGGUAGCAAAACAUCAACGUUCCGCGACUGUACGAAGAGCUAGUAGUGCCUCGCUGCGCAACAAGCAGGAUUCAUUCGCUAAAAGUCAGGAUGAUCUUACUGUUCCGGUGAACCCACCGCCCGAACGCGGAUAUCGAAGAUCUUUGGAUAGUACUUACCGACAAAGCUUGGAAUCCAUCUCGGAGUAUAAACCGAAGAAUUUCGUGUCUUCGACAUCCCUGGGGCCAACACCGUAUCGAGAUAACUUGGAGUCAACUUGUUCCGAUUGUACGGAUUAUGCAACACGCAGUGCAACGGUUGAGCGUGAUGGAAUGCAUGAUAAUCGUACGUUUCAAUCGCCGAGUUCGGCGAGUUAUCUCAGUUGGAUUGAAAGUGUGAAUGCGGCCACCAUCAGCGCCACCUCUGCCACCCCAACAAAGCUACCCAACUCGGCCAAUUCCACUCUGGAUGAGAAAAACAUGGAUGUCGACAGCAAAGUGGGCGAGUGGAAUAAUUUCUGGUUGAAUUACAAUAAUCCGCACACGAGGUACAUGACCAGCCCGCAUGUCGGCAACUCAACGACGUGCGAUGAUCGCACCGGGGAUGAUGUUUCUGAUUGUAAGAGUACUUGCAGCACGCAGAGGGAGUUCAACGAGAAGCUGGCGGGCGAGCAGGUGGUUCUUACCUUUGACGAGGUGCAGGAGGCGUUGAAUUGUGCUCAGCGCGUGGUGGACAUUCUGCAGAAGGCGAUCAAGCGCAGCGACAACGACGUGGAACUAUUCAUCGAACGUGGCCGCCAUGAUUCUUAUUAUUCGACGCAUACGAUAUCAGUCAACGAAGACAGUUACCGCGAUCGUUUCUUCUCGUUUGAUGCACAAACGACACCGCGGCCAUCUUUAAAACCGCAACCCACCACACAACAACCGCAACCAACGUCGAAUAGUUGUAUAAACGCGAUAUUAAACACCGGCGUGGCGGACAUCUUGAAGCGUGUGAUCAACAAGCGUCGUGAAGUGCUCACAUCCGACGAAGGACAGAGCACGCCCCGGAGCAGCUUUUCCGAGUGGUCGUCGGGUGCUAAAUAAUAUUUAAUGAGUCACAUCAUCAAUUUUAUCAUCAAGAUACAAGAAAGCAUUAUUUAGUACAUAUUUACACUCAUUCAUAUAGUCAGUGCUCAAAUUAAUGCUAAUACGAUGUAAAGCAUGCUAAUUUAAUGAUUAUUCAACAAUUAAGACAAUCACAGAAGUAAAUAUUACUGUUUUAAAUGAUGGCGGCGUAUGGCAACCAUUUUUCUGCAAUUUUUGAUUAUGAAACUUUGUAAAAUAUUGUACCCUAUGGUUCAAACACACAAACUAAUUGUUUAUGAAUGUUGUAUUUGCGAAUAAUACGAAUUGUUUAAAUUAUUUUCGUUAUUUCCGCGCAGACAAUC